AUGGCAGAAGCCACGAUUGCUCAGCAGGUUUCGGGAAUGUUCGCCGAACUCAGUGCAUUUCGAAAAAGCGACGUGGCACAAAAGCAAGAAAUCGAGAACCUCGAAGCCCAAAGAGACUUCUACGCCAACGAGGCAGAGAUGCUCAGAGACCUUCGCGUUCUGUACGAAUCCAAGCUCGAACAGAAAGACUCUGAGAUUUUGGGCCUGCAUGUCCUCCUCGACAAGGUCAAGGUCGAUGCCGAUAUCUGUAGAGACGAUCUGAGCAAGUUGCGUAAGCAGCUCAAGGACCUGCAAGCCAAGUAUGAGACAAGCCAGAAACAAAUUUGCGCUGGUGAGGCCAGGUUUGCCCGUCGCAAUCUCCAGGUCACCAAUCUGAUUUGCGCUCUGCGUCGCAAAAUUUCUACCAACCGCAUCUCCGUCGUUGCUCUUCGCGCUGCGUACAAGGUUAUUCCAAGCUUGGAGCAGAAAGCUCGGUGUAUGAGGAUUCUUUCUAUGGCUAGGAAGUUUCCGCACCAGACUGGUAUCGAGAAGGAGAUGAAGGAGUGCCUGGCGGAUGCUGGACUCUUGAUCUCGUUUGACAAGAAUGGUGCCAUGGUACUGACACGAUCUGUGGAGGUUGUCAAACUACCCGUUAAUGGGUAUAAAGAGUUUGAGGAAAGCUUCACCAUCGUCGAGAAAGAUGCUAACAUGACUGACGACAACACUUCCGAUCAGCACCCUCAACAGAAUGUCAAGAAAGAUGAAGACGUUCAGAUGUCUGUUUAA